AUGUUCGACCUGAAGCACAUAAAGUCAGAAUUAAAAAAUACAAAUACUCUUCCUUUCCUUCCUGCUCAUAUAUAAACAUGACACAGAAUUUCCACAUUUACAAGUGAGGUAUAUGCUCUGCAUUGCUAGUCCAGUGAGUAUAAAGCCCAUUAACUCUGCUCAUAUUAAUACUGUAGAUAUGAAUGAUAGCCUACUUUCCUUUCAUUAGCUUAAUAGCUACUUAGAAAUACUUAAGAGCACAUUCAAUAUUAAAUGAAGACACUGUAGGCUGGCAGCUCUUUUUCUCUAAUGUAUUAAUAGAACACAGUCAUGAUAUUCCCCACCCCCACCAUGCCCUAGUUUCCAUUCCCAGCUAUGCAGUGCACCCUUUCACACUCCGACAGCAACCAAAACAACGCUCCACAUUUUCAGGGACAGGAGGUUCGAAGACACAUUCUGGGGAAAGAGAGAGAGAGAGAGACGCUGACAACAUAAUCUGUAGCUAUCAUUCAAGGGGAUAUUUAAUUUAAAGUGGACCCACUCCAUGGAAUACUAAUUAGCAAAGCUUAGGGUAUUAGUCACGGUCUUGUAGAUAUGGUCUUCGUUGUUCUAAAAAAUCUGUUUGAAGUCUGUGGCUGCUUCUUUUAUAUCAGUAUUUCAAAUUAAUGUCUGUCAAAGAAAAAUAGGCUGCAUGAAUAAAACAGUGUACAUUUCACUGAAAACCUAUUCAGGCCAAUUAGAUCUAUAAAAUACGAUUAAAAUGAAGGAAGAUGGUAAUGAUGAUGAUAAUGUGUGGAAUGCAUCAGCAGUGAUUCUGGACAUUGACGCAGGAUCUUGGGCAGACCGCUCACCCCUACAUGAUGCUGCGAGUCAGGGCCGCCUCCUGGCCCUGAGGACGCUCAUUUUACAGGGUCACAAUGUGAACGUUCUCACUAUAGACCAUGUGAGCCCACUGCACGAGGCCUGUCUUGGGGACUACGUUGCUUGUGCCAGAGCUCUCAUUGAUGCGGGGGCAAACGUCAAUGCUUCUACAAUUGAUGGAGUCACCCCUCUGUUCAACGCCUGUUCGGUGGGCAGUGUGGCAUGCACAGAAAUUCUUUUGGAAAAUGGAGCAAAACCCCAGAGCAUGGUGUACCAUCCUUCACCGAUUCAUGAAGCAACAAGCAAAGGUCAUUACGGUUGUGUGGAGGCCCUGGUGACUUGGGGGGCAGAUGUGGACAUGGACAUUCCUCACCUGGGCACAGCGCUCUAUACAGCCUGCGUCUGCCAAGAGCUGGAAUGUGCCAGAAAACUCCUGAGGGAAGGUGCUAACGUUCAGAAAGGCAGAUCCUUGGACUCACCCUUACAUGCAGCUGCAGAGAAGGACUGCACAGCGAUAGUGAAACUUCUCCUGGACUUUGGAGCAGACAUUAAUGCCAGGAACAUGGAGUUUCAGAGGCCAGUAGAUGUAGCUCCACCCAGCAGCAUAACGGAGGGCUUCCUGCUGCUCUAUGAGGCUACACCACGGCUGCUGAGUCAACUGUGUCGCCAGUGCAUCAGGAACCACGUCGGUCGUGACAGGCUUCACCUUCUUUCCCACCUUCCCCUGCCUAACAGGCUCAGGACCUACCUGCAAUACCAAUGACAGGCACAUCAGCAAAGCUAUAUAUGCCAGAGUGGGACUUUCAGGAAAAAAAAAAAAAAGAAAGCCUUUGAUACGAGCCACACUUCAAGUCCAUGAACUCAUCUUACCUUUAAUUUUAUCUACCAGUCAAUGCAAAAAAAGUUAUUAAUUGGAAUUAGUCACAGAGCCCCCACUGAGCGGCUGAUAGAACCAAGCUUCCCUGCUUCCAGUGAGUGAAUGUGUGAAUGUGGAUGAAUGUAAAGCAGAGUGUUUUUAAUGCACUCCAGUGGAUAAAUUAUGCUUUACUAAAUAGUUAUUGCAUCUAUUAAAGCGUAUUUAUUUGUAAAAUAUAAUAUCUGAUUCAAGAUUCCAGCACUUAGAAGCCUUGAUACAUAGUUCUGUAGUAUCUAUAACGAGUGGUGCACUUUAAACACUAUUUACUGUAUAUUCUAUAUGAAAUACUACUCAUAGUUUUUCAUUUAGUACUGUUCAUAAUGCACUGGGACUAGAUUAAACCUGUUUUGAAAACCUGA